CCUAGUCUUAAAUUUCCACAAAAAUCAACCUUGAUUUCUUAACUAAUCUCUCUAAAUUCAUUCAUUUCCAAAAAAUACACAAAAAUACAGAUUCACAUUCAUAAAAAAAGAUGGAUAUUUCACAACAAGUCGACGAUUAUUUACGCGAAUCCAUCGAAUAUUCGCUCGGGCUUCCGGUGUCGAAACGGACUUUGGAAUUAAAGAUUCAAUCAUAUGAAGAAGAAAAAAGAGAUGGUCAAGAAAAAUGUUGGAAUUUGAAAGAAAAAUUGGCUGAGAAAGAUAAAACCAUUGAGGGUUUGAAGGCCGAAUCAAGCAUGAAUGCAAAAGCUGUGAAGAAAUUUGUGGAAGAGAAUCGGAGAUUGGCAAUGGAAUGUGAUAACUUGUUGAGUCAAUGCCACAAAUGGGAAGAUGAGUGUUCAUUGUACGAUCGUGAUGUACAAGUUUUGAUGGAUUUUGGGAAUGAGGCUGAUGAAAAGGCGAAAGUGGCAGAGUCGCGUGUUUGUUAUUUGGAGGAGGAACUGAGCAGAUUGACAGAAGAACUGCAGGUUUUUAAGCAAAAGGCCGUGGGGCAAAAGGUCGGUACACUAGCAGACAAGGAAUCUACAGAAUACCUUCUUAUCGAUACAUUGCUCUCAACUUUGACCGAGAAGGAUGAAAUCGCAUCAACAGCACACUCGUUUUUGGAGGCUAAUAGUGGGAUUGAUGUGUGCCAAGAGAUGCUAAAAGUGUGGGAUAGCUUGAGUCCAUCAACGUUGGAACUUUUGGCCCUGGCUUCUGAGAUCAAGAAGUUGCAGAAUGAUAAAGACCUGUUAUGGAUUAAUCUCACGACAGCUGAAGAGGAGGUUACAGCGUUAUUUGAUGAAAACAACAUGCUAGAUAAGGAAAACACGAAGUUGACAAAUCUACUCCAGAAAGAACGACAGCUUUUUGAUUCCGGGGGAAAACAUAGCAGUGAAUCCAUCAAGAAUUAUAAACGAAAAUCUAGCCCUUGUCCCAAAGAGAACAGCCCCAUUGAGAAGAAGAAGACUGAGUUGAGUGAUCCAGCUGGUUCACCAAGGCAACCACUGUCUCCAUUGCUACAUAACAAGUAACUUUUUUGCAAACUUACAAGUUACAGUAUAUACAACAUUCUCAAAGAUCUCUUUCAAAACGUUUGACAAGAUCAUUACACGUUGAAGAAUCUAGAUACUAAGAUCUUUGGUCUCUAUAAUCAUUUUUUUUUUCUCUACCGUUGUAUGGUUUUAGGUUGUCAAGACAUUGUCUAUAUAAUUGCCUGACAAAUACGAGACUGUAUAGAAUCUUGAUCUUGAGAUCCUUGCCUACAUAUCAUAAUGCAUCAUUGUCUUCGUAAAUGUUUGACAAAU